UUAAUUAAUGUGCACAACGUAAUACGUAAAACUAACGUUGUGUACGUGAAAUUCAUCCAGUUCAAUGAAACAAUAAACAUGAUUUUUAUGUAUGAUAGUUUUUUACUUUCUGAAAUAAUAGGAUUAAAGAAAAAACACAAGGAAAUGAAAAAGAGGAAAACCGGAUGUACGCUAAUCGUAUAUAAUGCUAAAGUAAUGCUAAGUAGUUUAUACUUUAGUUGGAGUUGUUUGAAAUCUGACAUUUAAUAAUGGAGAAGACACUGAUUGUACUACUGUUGGUAUUAUUUGCUAUUGCAACAGCUCAAAACGGCACUAGAUUUGGUACACUUACUUUUGACAAGCUAAAUCUACCUAAGCUAACAAUCAAACCAUUUUCAUGGACGUUGAAACCAUUGAUAGGAAACGGAAGGCCAAAUGGUCUAUCACCUCCUUUUGUCAAGCUAAAUCUACCUAAGCUAACAUUCAAACCAUUUUCAUGGACGUUGAAACCAUUGAUAGGAAGCGGAAUGCCAAAUGGUCUAUCAGGAACAGGAAUUUGGAAGCCACCAAACACUAGAAAUACAUUUACAGGAACCGGAAGUUGGCAAAAUGGGAAAGGAUUUGGCGGGAGAUUGGAGGGAACAUUUGGGAUUGGAAGUCGUUCCUCUCUAAUUCUCGGUGUUGGCGGAGGUGGUGGAAAAGGGCUAGAAGCAGAAGUUGGUUUUAGAAUGCGUUUUGGACGGAACCGGAGAAGAAAAAGACAUCGUUAACUGUUUGAAAUUUGAUAUUUUUUUAUUUUCUUUAAACUUUUUCAACUUUUACAUAAAUACUAAGACGAG